GAGAACUCAGGAUCCGCGGCAGUACGUCGGGUGGUAGAGCACGAAAUCGACGAAAAAGAACUAGAAGAUCUGGCACAAGAUGAGCAUUGCAACAGAACACGGCAAACAAGUGGCAGACGAAGGAUAUGAAUUGUUACCCAAGGAAGAUGUUCCAUCGGAAAGUGCUAAUGGCAACACUUCUAGUGUUCCGAAACGUCAAAUAUCUGCCAUCUUUACUGAUAUCUAUGAGGACAAAUCAACAACUACUGCACUUCAAAGUCAACUGCAAACAAGAAAGGAAUUCGAAUGGUUUCACUCACCAGGAGAAGCACAAACCAAGCGCAAAAAGCAUCUCAACUCUCUCCUAACCGCGACCGCAUAUCCACUCUUCAUGGCAAUUCUCGUCACAGUCAUCAAAGAUGGACGUCACUACACAUUCUACACUACCCUCAUGCCUCUACUCUUCUUGAGUCUUGCACUACAAAUAGCCAUUGCAAUUGCAAUUGUCAUUAGAAAUGGUAUGGUUCAUAUCAAGCAUCCUCUGGACGUCGAGGCUGCAACUAUGGUAAAGAGACGAAGUAUUGCAAAACUAAAAGCUCGGUUUGACUUGUCUUUACAAAUUGCCACGACGGUGUCUAUUGCUCUCAAUAUGGCAGUUCACGCAUUUUUCGCUGCUCGCGUGUUGGAAACAGAUGGAAAGACAUCAACAGGCAACGAUACCAAGUAGCAACUAUACAGCAUACAUUAACUAAACUGCAUGUUAGUCUGUUAAAGACAGUGGAGAUUAGGGGUUAAAGCAUGAUAAUACAUUUUCUAUUGGCCGAGUAGAUACAACACUGAGUAAACUUUCAGAGCUUGUCUGGGCUAAUUUAAUUAAAAUAUUGGCGCGGCACUG